CAUGACGAUGUUGUGGGUAUAUUACUACAAAUGUGUGAGCGUGUUCUCCUGCACAGAGCUGCUGACUGCCUCUGCAUCCUCAGCACUCAGGGAACAAAACCUGCGCAUGGUGCAGCACUUCGACCUGCCUUACACUGUUUUUCAUUCUUGCAGGCUUUGACUGACACUCUGACAGCUGACUGACUGGAGUGGAGUUACAGCGUCACGACGCAAGCUUUUUUUUUUUUUUUUUUUUUUGAGGGGAAUUAUGAGAAACGCGGAGCUGUGAUUUUACAUCAGAUUGACAGCUGACAAAGUGAGGAGGACAUGGAGAACAAGGCCAUGUAUCUGAGCACAUAUGAGGAGAGAGAGAACGGCUCCUUGUAUGAAGACCCCUACGAGGGACGCAACCUGUCCAAACUCAACCUGUGUGACGAAGGUUCUGCCAGGCGUCGCAGGAAGCAGGAACAGUGCUGCAGUCAUCUCAACUCCCUCUCAGCCAUCAAGUACGCCAUCGUCUCCCUCUACAUCCUGGUUCUUCUCACCAUCUUCGGACUCUGCCUGGCAGUCUCUCGUUCCCAGGUGUCUUCACAGCGCCAGGAAGUGCUGAUGGAGAACGUGACCCGGAUGUCGGAGCGCUCCCAGCAGGACCUGGGCGAGGCUUCCACUCAGGCUGACAUGUUGGAGAACAUCUGGAAGCUGGAGAACCUCUUCCAGAACCACAGUGACUGGCUGCAGAGGCUGGAGAUCCUCAUCAAGGGCCUGGAGCUGGAGCUGAGGAGUAUCCAGGCGAACUCCCUUCAGUCAGAGGGUUACCUGGUGCAGCUGGACGACAGGUUGUCCUCUCUGAGCAGCUCCGCCAGCAGGAACCUGACGAGCCUGAACGCAGAGGUGUCCAGAUCCUCCAUCUGGCUCCGCGACCACGAUGUCCUGCUCAGGGAAACCUCAGGACAAUUGAGCAGGCUCAGAGAGAAACUGGACGAGGUUAAUUGGACGGUGGGAGCUGUCAAUCAUACCUUCGCCAAUGACAUCAGUUUUCAUCAUGUGAAGAUACAAGACUUGCAGAUCCAGAUCAGCAACAUCACAGAGGACACCAGCAGUUUGUGGGUGACCCACGUCCACACGGAGGCCCAGCUGAGGAACGAGAUGGAGAUCCUCAACACGAUCGCAGAGGACCUCCGCCUGAAAGACUGGGAGCACUCCAUGGUCCUGAAGAACCUCACCAUAUUUGAAGGUCCUCCAGGGCCAAAGGGGGAGAAGGGUGAUAGUGGACCACUGGGGCCUGCUGGGGCUCCAGGGUUGUCCGGCUUGAGAGGGUUUACAGGAGAAAAAGGCAUCCAGGGUCCUCGGGGAGUCACAGGGUCCGUCGGGGUCGAUGGCGUUCAUGGAGAAAAAGGAGAAGUCGGACCUGUUGGUCCUAGAGGUGACAGAGGAGAGAGAGGAUUGAAGGGAGAGAAGGGGGAACGAGGAUUCAGAGGAGAGAAAUCAGUGGAGGAGACUCUUGUGCGGCUGGUGAACGGGUCAGGUCCUCAUGAGGGGCGAGUGGAGGUCUUCCACGAACGCCGCUGGGGGACAGUGUGUGACGACACCUGGGACAAAAAGGAUGGAGACGUGGUGUGCAGGAUGCUGGGACACCAAGGGGCCACUGAGGUGCAUAAGACGGCGCGGUUCGGACAGGGUACUGGUCUGAUCUGGAUGGACGACGUGGCAUGCACAGGGACCGAAGACACCAUCCACCAGUGUAAGUUUCCUGGCUGGGGCAAAACAAACUGCGGCCACGUGGAGGACGCUGGUGUGACCUGCACCGUCUGAACUUCUCAUACACCUGACUCUGAUGCAGCCGUGGAGUGUCUCCUUUAACUGUGCCUUUAUAUAAACUCUUAAGAAGCUACAACUUGCACAACAACUUACCAUUGGCGAGGGGUUCCUUAAAGCAGAAUGUGUUUUGUUUUUCCUCUGAAAGAAAGUGCCUUCCUUCCUGGAGAAGCCCUCCAUGAUGUGUAUGACGGAUAUCUGCAGCUUUUUUGUCACUGCAGCUUUUUUUUUUUUUGUCCUGACCGAACAUGUGAUCAUUUUUUGCUUCAAGACUGAAUCAGGAGAGCAAGGAAAUGCACAUAUUUUCAAAACUUUGCGCUUCUUUUCCAUACGAGCUGUUUUGGUGGGGAUGAUCGAUGACAGGAGUUUGCAUCGGGACAGCGUCUUAAGACCGAAGAAUGAAGAUCAAGGGUCGUCUAGAGGCUUGCGCUCCACGACGAGCUCUCAGAGGCUCAUCCAGGGUUCGCUGUUUUGAACUCUUUAGCGUAAGAAAAGCCACUUUAUCAUUCCAGAGACUUCCUUCAUCAGCUGUCGACUCACAAGAGGCUGAGAAGCUGAAAUGGCACAUAAAGAAACUUGACAAGUUUCCGUCAAUAGAAAGUGUCUUUCCUCACGGUAUUAUGUAGAUGCUUAAUAUACACCGUGCUGCUUCAUUUUAUAUCAUACAGCGCUCUACAUAGUCAGCAAACAUUUGAUGAUUUUCAGGUCAAACAGAGUUCAACUAGAGAACAUGUAGGUAAAGUUUCUUCAUAUAACAUAUUCAGCUGUCACUUUUUCACUUUAAAACACGCUCUGUGGGGUUUCAUGUAAACCAACAGAAGCUCUUUUUUACAUUCCGUGUUACUAACCAUAAACACGUCGUGUGUGUCCUUGGUGUUGGGACAAACAUGUCGGGUGCAUUAUCCUUCCACAUGACACAUUAGUUUUCUUUUAAAUCAUACGUCGUUUACUGCACGUCCACGUUUACCAGCUGGCCGCGUUUCUUCUUCUGUCUCACAUUAUGCCGCCAGCUGUCGAGCAGCCUUAAAGUGUCAAAUCAAAGGGAACGGGGCAACAGUGUCUGCAUGGUCAUGCAAAGAAACGCUUAAAAUGCUAUUACAUUGCUCCAGUGUCCUACAGUACCAGUAGUUAUAAACUCACACUGGAUGUAUUUUAAUUACUUUAUGUAGUGUUUGAAUCAUUUUUACAUUUUAUACACAGAUAGUUAUGCAUACAGGUUUGUAGAUGUAUCUCGCUCUUUCAGCUUACAAAUGACGCUUUCAUCAACCUUACCUGUGGCUACAACAGGAAGCUGUAGGAAGGUAGAGAUUAUGUAGAAUAAUAAUCGAGAAGCUCAGCACCAGCAGGACGAACACAAAGUUGAUGAAGUGGAGCAUGUUUAGCUCAGAGGUUAACUCGUUGGUCCUGCACAGAGACUAUAACACUUGGAAGUGCCUCGGAUUAGUCUCUCAUCCUCAGUCAUUUACAGCAGUGGUUCUCAACUGGUGGGUCGGGACCCAAAAGUGGGUCGUGAAUGUGUGCCUUGCAAAAAAAAAUCUGUCAAAAAAGUACAUGAUGCCCUUUUUUAAAUACAUUUUUUGGGUUCUGUCGGAUGUUUUGCACCGCCUGAGGUCCAAACUGCAAAACUUUUCAUUAAAUAAAUCUGUCUGCUUGAGAAA